GCCGGAUGUAGUUUGACGUCACACGUGACUACUGUGACGUUCCAUCCGCAGUAACCGUUUGCAUUUCGCGUACGAUCUGAAGUGUCGGCGAGCUCUUAUCAGAUUCAGCGAGAGUUUCACACUGAGCAGGCGAUCAUGGCCAGCCAAUCAAUGGACAUCCUAUCAAAGGUUUUGGAGCAGACAGCCAAGGUGGUGGAGGAGAAGGUGGAUGCACAGUUGAGCAAACUGAAUGAAAUUGAUGAAGAUGAUUUGGAAAGACUGAAGGAGAGGCGAUUAGAUGCGCUUAAAAAAGCCCAGAAACAAAAGCAGGAGUGGUUGUCUAAAGGACAUGGAGAGUACAGAGAAAUCUCAAGUGAGAAAGACUUUUUUGGCGAGGUCAAAGACACCAAGAAUGUUGUCUGCCACUUCUACAGAAGUUCCACCUUCAGAUGUAAGAUCCUCGACAAACACUUGGCCAUCCUGGCAAAGAAGCACGUUGAGACCAAAUUCAUCAAACUGAAUGUGGAAAAGGCCCCGUUUCUCACCGACAGGCUGCGGAUCAAGGUUAUUCCUACGCUGGCCUUGCUAUUGGACGGGAAAACAAAGGACUAUGUGGUUGGAUUCUCCGACAUGGGAAACACGGACGAGUUUCCCACGGAGAUGCUUGAAUGGAGACUCGGCUGUGCAGAUGUUAUUAACUACAGUGGUAACCUGAUGGAGCCUCCUACAGGGCCACAGAGGUCAGGCACUAAGUUCACAAAGGUGGAGAAGAAAACCAUCAGAGGGCGAGUUUACGACUCUGACUCUGAUUCUGGAGACGACUGAGAAGCACCGACAGUCUUUGGUUUUCUCUCUUAAAUGAACAGACCGCUUUACUUUCUCUUCUUCUCUCAGUGACUUACCCAUUCAUUUCAUAUCAUCAUUUUGUUUCAGCCUUUUUUUAAAUAGAUUGUCACCCAUGUUUGAAUAACAAAAGUACAUGCACUUCAAAAAGGAGGAAACUUGUUUGCCUGACUGCGCCUCUGCACCAAUCAUUUAUCAACGAGCUCUUGUGUUGAUGAUUUUCUCUUAGUCUUACGUUACAGGUGUGCUCCUUUUAGGUAGUUCUGUUUAUUUCUCGUGUUUUCUUGUAACCGUGUGACUCUGAUGUUGGAACAGAAACCAUGAUGCAGGAUGCCUAGAUCAUCUACAGCAUCAGAAUACAUUUUACACAACAUUUCCUUGUAGCAAGAGUUUGACUUGAAUAAUGCAGACUUAAUAAAUGAAUAAUAAAACGUG